AUGAGGCUCCUCAAUGUCGGGGACCUGCGGUUCAAGGUAUUCAACAGGCCUCAAGACCGCCCAAAGUACGUUAUCGCGUCACACAGAUGGUGCGACGAUGAAGCAAGCUUCCAGGACUUGAGGAUCAAGAAUAAUUGCGAUACUCAAGGAUACAAGAAGGUAGAGGCUUUUGCAAAGUACGUUCAAGACAACGUGCCAUCAGUUGAGUGGCUCUGGAUCGAUACCGUCUGCAUCAAUCAAAAUUCGAUGCCAGAGCUUGGCGAGGCUAUCAAUCUCAUGUUUGACUACUACAAGGAUGCAUCGCUGUGUAUCGCAUGGCUUGCUGAUGUCGGGUCUGUUAAAGACCUGGAGACGAGUGAGUGGUUUACUAGAGGCUGGACUUUACAAGAGCUGCUGGCUCCACCGGUAGUUGUCUUCACAACGAAAACUUGGGACGUCAUUGGAAACAAAGGAGCUUCCAACCAUCCUCUUUCCGAAAUCGAUUGUGGCCCGGGACUGGAGGGCAGGAUUGCGACCAUCACAAAUAUACCAGAAGGAGUACUCCAGUCAUAUGACUCCAGUUCCAGCUUGAGUAUCGACGAGAAGAGGAAAUGGAUGGAUGGACGCGAGACUACUCGCGAAGAAGACAUGUUCUAUGCUCUCUACGGUAUCUGCGGAGUUACACCCGGCGUCAAUUACGGAGAAAAAUAUUAUGGCGCAAAGGAGCGACUUCGUCGAGCGAUCCUAGAAAAGGAGAUGUCCGAGCAAACUAUAUUCUCGACCGUGAACGAACGCAGCAUGCCAAAGCUGAAGCGGCUUGUGCAGGAGAAUCCGAAAGCAGCUAUCUUGGCAAGAAACGAGUCCAACCAGACGGCGUUGCAUCUUGCUGCAGAGCAAGGCAAUGUCAGCAUGGUUGAGUUCCUGAUACGGAACGACGCAGAAAUCAACGCCGAGGAUGACUAUGGUAGGCUUCCACUGCACUACGCAGUCAUUUCUUGCAGUGCCUCGGUUGUCCGCGCCUUGGUGUAUCGAGGCGCCGACAAGACUGCAAAGGAUGAUCGAGGGUUGAGUGCUCGCGAUCUGUGCAAUUCGUCGUCGUCCUUGAUGGCUUGGUUUCUCGACAAUGGACCCAACCUGCAACUCCAAAACGCAGAUGGAUGGCCGGCACUUUGUCUAUUCGCACGCCGCCGCGAUAUGACUGCAGUUCGCACGCUGCUGGAACUAGGAGCUGACAUCAAUGUCAAAGGUCCAGACAAACAUACGCCACUGUUUGAAGCCGCGAAGCAGGACCACAAGGAGAUGCUCGAAUUUUUCCUCACGAAAGGAGCUGACAUCACUCCACGCAACUCCCGCAACGAUAGUGUGUUGUGCCAGGCGGGCUGGCAUGGCCACACCAGGAUCGGAGAGGUGCUUCUGAAUUGGGGAGCAAGCAUCGAUGCGGUCAACCAGCACGGCUAUUCUGCACUGCAUGAAUGCUGUGAGCAUGGUCAUAUUGAAAUGGCACUGAUGCUAAUACGAAGAGAAGCACGAUUCGACAUUUACAAUCAGAAUACUGACGGGCCCAUUCAUCAAGCUUGUAGACUUGGCCACAUCUCAAUAGUCCAGCAGCUGCUCGAGAUGGGAGACGAUGUGAAUCACAGAACACCAAACACAAACCGGACUCCUCUUGGCGAAGCAAGUCAGCACAAUCGUGCUGAUGUUGUAGAGCUACUUCUCUCGCGAGGAGUGAAUGUUGAAGAAUGGUUUGAUGCGGGAGGUCAUCAUCAGACACCUCUCAUUGGAGCGGCCGCGGCAGGCCAUACAUCUAUUGUGGACCUCCUGCUGAACCUUGGAAAAGCAAACAUCGAGGCGGGGGAUGAAGAGGGGACGACUGCGAUAUGCUAUGCUGUAGAUAGGGGCAGGGUCGACACCACGAAACAACUUCUUUUGAGAAAGCCCAAUCUCGAAGUGCGAGGCCACAAUUGGAACUACACUCCGCUACAUCGAGCAGCACAAAUACCCAACCCCGCUCUCGUGAGCAUUCUACUCGAAGCCGGAGCCGAUCCGAAUGUACGCGAGAGCCAUAAAUGGACGCCAAUACAUGAAGCAGCAGCCAGAGGGGGGCUUGAAAUCGUCAAACAGCUCCUAAACUAUGGAGCGGAUCCUGAUCCUCUCGAGGAACGAAAGUGGUCUCCCCUCCGCUUAGCUAUAUGGGAUUCUAGGAUUGAAGUUGCCAUGCUCCUUCUCAAAACCGAGGGAGUAGAUGCCGACAGCGUGGACUACAUAGACGAGACCCCUCUCCACGAAGCCGCUCAGCGCGGAUUUCUCGGUCUGGUUAAAGAACUGAUUCAGCGCGGUGCCGUUGUUGACCGAUCCAACCACAUGGGACUCACGCCGCUGCAUUUCGCGGUUAAGGAAGGGCAUCUGAAAGUGGCGACAUUCCUGAUUGAUGAGUGCAAGGCGGAUGUCAAUCACGCUACUCAAUCGGGAAUGACUCCCUUACAUCAAGCGGCUGAGUAUAAUCGUUUGGAGACUUUGAAGCUACUUCUGGAACGAGGGGCGAGUAAAGACUCGAGAGACGGUCGUGGAUUUACUGCGAGGAGUGUGGCGGCUGAAAAGGGCCAUUUGCGAGCUGUGGAAUUGACAUCAGAGCUGUCGAUAUGA